AUGGCUGAUAACGGAUGUAAAAGGAAAGCAAGCAACUCCGACUCUCGUGAUAAGAAGAGACAAAAGGGUCAAUGGAAAGGCCAUGAUAAGCGGAAAUCCAAUUCAAAAGAAAAAUUAGCGAGCGGUGAUUCUGGAAUCUUUGUUAGCUGCGAUAGAGGCCGGGAAGGAAAAUGUUCGGCUGAGAUCCUAGAUCUCCUCUCGCAGGAAGUGCCAAGCGUAGACCCCGAUCAAAAGAAUGACAGCACAGGCGAUGAAAAUGAGAACGAUGAAGUUGAUAUCGAGGAACAGAUAAAGCGUGAGGUGGAGCUGAUGCAGCCCAAGCGAUCGAAAGCACCGUUCAGGCUCGUAAGCUUGGAUGUCCCGUGUCUUAUAUUCGUCAAGUCCAGCAAUACCUUGAAUCCGGUAGAUAUUGUGCAUCGCCUAUGCAUUGAUGCCCGGACACACCCCGAACGGAAGAGGAGCCGUUGGGUUAAACGGUUGACUCCAAUUACAUCCAUGAGGAAGAUUCUCGGCGGCGGGCUGGAGGAGUUGGCUCGUGACGUACUGAAGCCGCAUUUCCAUUCUGGCGGCCCUCCCAGAAAGUAUGCCAUUCGACCAACUAUUAGAAACAACACGGAUUGCCAGAGGGAUUCGGUCAUCAAACUCAUCGCUGGCAUUGUUGGGAGUGAGCAUUCAGUGGACCUGAAGAACUAUGACCUGUUAAUUCUUGUCGAUGUUAUCCAGACUAUGUGUGGUAUGAGUGUGGUUGAAGGUGAUUAUGACGAAUUAAAACGGUACAACCUCUCUGAAAUAUACUCUCCAACGCCACGGCCGGAAGUAAAGCCGGAAAGGGGACCAGAGGACGACGAGAAAGUGCACAGGGUGCAGAAGGAAGCUUAA